UACAAGAGCUCUCGCCAAAGCCUAAAUUUAGCUACGACCCGCGUAGCUUCUCACGUACUCACCACCCAUGGCGAAGCCAAGUAGCUACGGUCUUGCGCUUCUUGCUUGCGCCGCCGUCGCCGCUGCGGUCGCCGGCGGAACGCAGUUCACGGUCGGCGGCGCCAAUGGCUGGAGCGUGCCCGCCGCCGGCGCGGAGCCCUUCAAUGCUUGGGCGGAGAGGACGAGGUUUCAGAUCGGAGACGCCCUAGUGUUCGUGUACCCCAAGGACCAAGACGCGGUGCUGCUGGUGGAGCCGGCGGGCUACAACGCGUGCAACACGUCGUCGUACGUGAGGAAGUUCGACGACGGCGACACCGUGGUCGCGCUCGACAGCGCCGGCCCGCUCUUCUUCAUCAGUGGCGUCGAGGCCAACUGCCGCGCCGACGAGAAGCUCAUCGUCAUGGUCCUCGCCGCCCGCAGCAACGGCACCGGCGCGCCGGCUCCGAGCACGGCGCCCCCGCCUCCGGCUCCCGCCAGCUCCGCGCCGCCCACGCCGGCGUCGCCCGCUCCUAAGGGCGCCCCCCCGACCACGGCGGCGUCGCCUCCGCCGCCCUCGGCCUCUGCUCCCGCAACGACACCGGCCACGCCGCCGCCCGCCGCGUCGGCGGCGCCCCCUGCUCCGAGGGCGUCGUCAACCCCGCCGCCUCCAUCUGCCCCGGCCGGUGCCCCGCCGGCGCCCGCGGCAAGCUCUCCGGCUCCGAGCGCACAUGGGGCGACGGAUAACUCCACGGGCACGCCGUCGUCGCCUCCCGCCGGCUCCUCCAAGGACAAGAACGGCGCCGCCUUCACGGUGGCCACAGGUUUGGCCAGCUCGUUCGGAACCUGCAUCCUUGGCUACGCCAUGCUUGCUCUCUGAAGUGAAGUGGGCCGCCGUGGAAGACUCCAGUAAAUAUGUGUGUGUUUACGUGUAAUUUAAUUGAGACAUGCGAUUUGUGCAUGUUAUUGCUAGAUCUUGCAUUCGUUUUCCGCCGGAUGAAUAAGAAAUCAACCAUUCGUUAUUCCUGAGAUCCGGUUGGUUAACACUUAGUAUGGGCUCGUUUGGUUGGUGCCUGGGCAGGGGAUGCUGGCCAGGAGCCCAGGAGGUCCAUCUAGCUUCAGACUCGGUUCCUUGAUCGAGUCCGGGAACAUAUACAGCAUUCUCCAUUUUGUUCCUGACUUUCUUAUUAAUUAACUUUCUAUGUUCCAUCU